UAGGCGAGUUUUCACGCACGAAACCUUCGGAUUCGGUACUUCCGGCAACCUAAAUCAACGACGCGACGCAAUGGUAAUCGCUUGUUCAUGGCCGUAGCCCGUAGCCUGAAAAUAUUUUUGCGGAUGACGUUCUCUCGCGCGCCCGAGAUUGGCGGAGCAACGUUACAUUUACGGUUAUUAUUACGCGUCUGACACGGGCACAGGGUUCGCGUUAUCCUCGGUAUCGCCGGGUGAAUUUGUGCAAUGGAGAGCAUAUUUCACGAAAAGCAAGAAGGAUACCUGUGCGCUCAGCACUGCCUAAACGCGUUAUUACAAGGCCCGUACUUCAACGCCGUCGACCUGGCGAACUUCGGCCACCAGAUGGACGAGGAGGAGAGAAUUCGGAUGGCCGAGUCAGGCGUUGACAGCGAGGACUACAAACUGUUCCUUGAGCAACCAUCAGGAAACAUGGACGACAGUGGAUACUUUUCAGUUCAAGUUAUUAGCAGUGCUUUGAAAGUUUGGGGUUUAGAACUGAUUCCAUAUAACAGCACGGAACCGACAGCAUUACUGGCACAGAAUGAUCCUUCUGGCGAUGUAAUUUUCAGGCGGAUGAGAGCAUAUAUUUGUAAUUAUAAGGGACAUUGGUUUACGAUAAGAAAACUCGGAAGCCAGUGGUUUAAUUUAAAUUCAAUGCUUAGCGGACCCCAGCUUAUAUCAGACACAUACCUCACAAUGUACCUAGCUCAAUUGUUACAAGAAGGUUAUUCAAUUUUUAUCGUUAUUGGUACCCUUCCGCAAUGUCCCGCCGAAGAUGUUCUUCUAAAAAAUCCAAUAGUUGCGAUGAAAAGCAAUUCAAACUUGGAAUCAAAGACCACAUCCAAAGGCAAUCGCUUAGGCACCAAGUUGGAAGACGAAAUCUUGAAAACUGCGCUCGCGAUGGGAGAGGUAAAGGUCCCACAAUCUUCAAGUGCAACCAGAGACGUAUCCUCGCUCUUGCACAAACCUGGAUUAUCCACGGAUGAACCUCGUGAAAGGAUAAUUCCCAUAAGAGUCGAGGGCAGGGAAGAGAAGAGUGAUGAAGAGGAGGAUGAAAAUGUGCAAUUAGCUAGAGCUUUACAAAUGAGUUUGCAAAACGACGAAGACGACGUAGACAAAACACUAAAGUUGAGAUUAGAUCUUCAUACUGAUGAUGGUAUAAAGACGCAUUUAACAGACUCAGCGAACGAUGCGACGGAUGAAGAUGAUGAGUUGAGACGAGCCUUGCAGCUGAGUCUCGAAUGUGUCACUGCCCCACCGACACCCGAUCCUGAAGAUUUACGCUGGCGUAGACUAAAUCACUUCAACAUCUACACGAGGACGUCCAGCAGUGAAGCUCCCGCAAAGCUGAACACUUAACAAUAAGCGCGAACUCUGCACAAAUUAUUAUCUAUUACUAAACUGACCGUUUUACUGUAAAUUAUACGAGUAGUUGAGCUCGAGAAGAUAUGUCACUUUGUAUACUAAUGAUAAGAGAACUGCAAUGGUAGGGGAGGCACCUUAUGUCAAACAAGAUUGAGAUACAUUUUCGAUUCCUCGAGACCGAGUGGAGCUCUUGGUGACUUCUCGUUCUCCCUCUCAACUUUGUUAUACUAAUCGUUCUCGGAAUAAAAACGUUUGAGCAAGAAA